AUGGAGGACUUUCUGCUCUCCAAUGGGUACCAGCUGGGCAAGACCAUUGGGGAAGGGACCUACUCAAAAGUCAAAGAAGCAUUUUCCAAAAAACACCAAAGAAAGGUAGCGAUUAAAAUUAUAGACAAGAUGGAAGGGCCAGAAGAGUUUAUCCAGAGAUUCCUGCCUCGGGAGCUCCAGAUUGUCCGUACCCUGGACCACAAGAACAUCAUCCGAGUGUAUGAGACGCUGGAGUCUGCAGAUGGGAAAAUCUACCUGGUGAUGGAGCUGGCUGAAGGAGGGGAUGUCUUUGACUGUGUGCUGAAUGGGGGGCCACUGCCCGAGAGCCGGGCCAAGGCCCUCUUCCAUCAGAUGGUCGAGGCCAUCCGCUACUGCCAUGGCUGUGGUGUGGCUCACCGGGACCUCAAGUGCGAGAACGCUUUGUUGCAAGGCUUCAACCUGAAGCUGACAGACUUUGGCUUCGCCAAGGUGUUGCCCAAAUCGUGCCAGGAGCUGAGCCAGACCUUCUGCGGCAGCACAGCCUAUGCCGCCCCAGAGGUGCUUCAGGGUAUUCCCCACGAUAGCAAGAAGGGUGACGUCUGGAGCAUGGGCGUGGUCCUGUACGUCAUGCUCUGUGCCAGCCUACCUUUUGAUGACACAGACAUCCCCAAGAUGCUGUGGCAGCAGCAGAAGAGGGUGUCCUUCCCCACUCAUCUGGGCAUCUCGGCCGAAUGCCAGGACUUGCUCAAGCGGCUCCUGGAACCAGACAUGAUCCUCCGGCCUUCAAUCGAAGAAGUUAGUUGGCAUCCAUGGCUAGCAAGCACUUGA